CGCACCUCGGAUCGGCCACUGCGGGCGAACUCGUUCCCGUGGGACACCUGGCAUCUGUGGACCCCGCGUGCUGCGCAAGCCUACCGAGAGCAUCUGCACUGAUUAUGAAUGCGCUGCCUUCAGCCAACCCGCAGCCGUCUGCGUUUGGCACAAGUGAGCUCACCACCCAGCUGGUGUUGCGACUCGUCGACGACGACGAGCUGCUCGCGUGCGGAUGCGUGUGCAAAUUGCUGGAGCGUAGCGUGGACGACGCGCGCGAGGGCAACAUCUUGCGCGCGCGGCGGCAUCGCCGGGCCAAAUCGCCAUGGCACGUCGACCUGGCCAACGGCGACGACGCCGCCGAUGGCACGCGACGGCGGCCGCUGUGCUCUCUUGGUGAAGCUUUACAACUUGCAAUUAUGUUUGGCAUUGGUAAUCCCUUCGGCGAGGUGGUCGUCCACUGCGCCUCGUCGGGCUGCCCGAUGCGCGGCUGUGCGGCGGACGGAUGCGGCGACCCGGUGUGCGCAUAUCAUGGGAGUGGCGUUGGCGAAAUUAUCGCCACCGAGGCCAUGCCAAUACCCCACCUAAAGUUCGAGCCAAGCAGGUGCAGGCACUUGGGCUGUCAGAAUGUCUACUGCACGGUCCAUCACAAUGCUCGAUUGGGUAGAUGCGACAUAUGCCAGCGCAAUCUUGGGGUUGAUCUCCGCUCAUAUUGCCCCGCCCACCGGACGCGCUGUCGCGGCGCGCGGUGGCGUCACGACACCGGGCGGAUCCCGCGCAUGAAACGCUGGUGGACGCAGCGGGGCUCGGCCGCCGGCGAGGACCCGGAAUUCGGGGCGCUGCACGAGUGUGCCUACACGUUGUGUGAAACGUGUAUGCGCGACCACAAGUGUGGCGAUAUGGCCGACCUUGAGGCCGAGGCCGAAGACGACUACUAA